AAAAAAAAAAAAAAAAAAAAGCAUUGGAAAUUCCAAAAAACAAAAACAAAAAGGCCUCCACACACAGAGAGAAGCAGCACCUCUCAACCUCGAGCUCCGCGCUCCGAUUCUCUGUAAAGAAACACAAUCGAACAGAAGAAUUACGAUUAAAGCUUCAAACUUUCCCAUUAAUUUCACAAUUUUGAGCGCCAAAAUCCAUCGGAACUUCGACAAAAACCUUGAAACUAUCAUUAUUUACAAGCGUCUUCAGUUGCAGAGAGCCAAAUGUACGAACCCCACCGGCCGCAGUCGAAAACCCAAACCCUAGAACUAUGCCGCCGGGACUCGCAGUGACGGAACUUUCAAACCCUAGAAAUGGCCAAGCAUUCCGUCGGGUGGGUCGCGGCGCAGAAGCGGUGGCUUCUGGCUUUACUCGUCAUGGUCUCCCUCUCUACCUUGAUCGCCUUCUUCAUCAGAGCCGCGUUUGACACCUGCGAUCGCGGCGGCCUCGACGUCGUCGAUAAGAGGGUUCCGCUGGGGGCGCCCAUUGGGACCAGUCCUAGCCCCCUCAGCUUCAUGAAGUCCAAGCUCGUGCUCUUGGUCUCCCACGAGCUUUCUCUUUCUGGUGGACCUUUGUUGUUGAUGGAGCUAGCAUUUUUAUUGAGAGGUGUUGGCACUGAAGUAUAUUGGGUUACAACCAUGAAAUCGUCAGAUACAGAUGCAGCAACAUACAGUUUGGAGCAUAAGAUGUUGGACCGAGGAGUGCAGGUCCUCUCUGAAAAUGGCCAAGAAACUAUAAAUACAGCUCUCAAAGCUGAUUUGGUUGUAUUGAACACUGCAGUUUCUGGGAAAUGGUUGGAUGUUGUUCUUAGGGAAAAUGUUCCCCGUGUUCUCCCAAAAGUGUUGUGGUGGAUUCAUGAAAUGCGUGGCCAUUACUUCAAAUUGGAUUAUGUUAAGCACCUCCCACUUGUUGCAGGUUCUAUGAUAGAUUCACAUGUAACAGCAGAGUAUUGGGAGAAUAGGACUCGAGAACGUUUGGGUUUCAAAAUGCCCGAGACCUUUGUUGUUCACCUUGGAAACAGCAAGGAACUUAUGGAAGUUGCUGAGGACAAUGUAGCAAAGCGGGUUUUGCGUGAGCAUGUCCGGGAGUCUCUUGGAGUUCGAAGUGAAGAACUAGUAUUUGCCAUCAUUAACAGUGUUUCGCGAGGAAAAGGCCAGGAUUUGUUUUUGCGUUCCUUCUUUGAAAGCUUGCGACUGAUCCAAGAGAAGAAGCUGCAACUGCCAAAAAUGCAUGCCGUAAUUGUGGGGAGUGACAUGACUGCUCACACCAAGUUCGAGCAUGAAUUACGUAACUUUGUAGCGAUGAAGAAAAUUCAAGAUCAUGUUCAUUUUGUAGACAAAACUCUGACUGUAGCUCCGUAUCUGGCUGCAGUUGAUGUCCUUGUUCAAAAUUCGCAGGCACGGGGAGAAUGCUUUGGUAGGAUAACUAUUGAAGCCAUGGCAUUUCAGCUGCCGGUAUUGGGAACAGCGGCAGGUGGCACCACAGAGAUUGUAGUGAACGGAACGACAGGUUUGCUGCAUCCUGUUGGGAAAGCAGGGAUCGCUCCUCUCGCGAAUAAUAUGGUAAAACUCGCCACUCACGUUGAGAGGAGGCUUACGAUGGGGAAGAGAGGCUACGAAAGGGUCAAAGAAAGGUUCCUAGAACACCAUAUGGCAAAUAGAAUAGCUGCAGUUCUGAAGGAAGUGUUGCGCAAAUCAAACAGCCACUCAGAUUCUUAACACAUGCUCUCUUCUCCUCAUCAUGUCGAGAUUUCAGCGCUUAAGUAGGUCGAUUUUCCUUUUAUGGCGACAUAAUCGUCCCUCGGGUUUUUCACUUUUCUAUUUUCCAAUAGGGCUGUACAUUAUGUGCAUAUCAAGGCAUGUUCGAGAUUGUAGCUUGUUAAAAGGUUGACAUUAAUGACGAUCGAUUUUGUUAUAGCAUGGGAUUGGAAAAUUUGGCAUCUGA